AUGGACUUCCACCGCCACAGCUUACUGACCACGCUGGGCUUAGCCGCGCUGACGGGCAACUCGGCUCUCGCCAUCUACAGGUCGCGCGAUGACCCCCGCGCCGUCGCGUUAGUGGCCGGUGCCUACGGAGGCAUCGCGCUGCUCUUCCACUUCCUGCGCAGGUUCGAGCGCGGGGAAGGGGACGGGGGCAGGACCAAGGCGGCGGUCUGGGUGCUCACCACGCUGCUCACGGCCCUGUUCGCCGCCAGGGUCGCCCCGCUGAUGCCGCCGGCCGUCGGCGCCUUGGUGUACCUGACGGCGGCCGGAACCGCCGGGGCCGGAUUCUGGGCCUUGUUUCUCCAUCGCCAUUGA